AUGGACAUUACAACGGGGCCAACACGAGCAUCCCACGAGCGGAUCGUCGCAGGCAUCCAAAAGCGCAUAUCCCAAUUCCACAGCACCUCAACACCGUUCCGCAUUUACCACGGCAGCACAAACAGCACGCGCCAUGCCUCCUUCGACCCCUCCGCCAUCAUCGACGUCUCCGGUUUGAACAGAAUCCUGAGUAUCGACACUUCUGCUUCUACUGCGCUCGUUGAACCGAACGUGCCCAUGGAUAAACUGGUCGCUAGAACCGCAGUGCAAGGCUUCUUGCCGCCUGUGGUUAUGGAAUUUCCUGGAAUCACUGUGGGAGGCGGGUUUGUGGGGACGGCGGGCGAAAGCAGUAGUUUCAAGUACGGGUUCUUCGAUCGCACGGUCGUGAGAGCCGAGGUUAUUCUUGCGAAUGGCACGCUCGUGAACUGCUCGGCGACUGAGAAUGCUGAGCUUUUCGAAGGGCUUAGAGGAAGUUUCGGCACGUUGGGUGUGUUGACGCUGGUUGAGGUCAUGCUUGUACCGCUGAAGAGCUGGGUUGAGGUCACUUACCGUCGCACCACGUCGAGUAAAGAGGCAGUGGAAGUGUUACAGGCGGAGACAGAAAAGGAAGAAAACGACUAUGUUGAUGGCGUGCUGUUCGCAAAAGAUUCGGGUGUCGUGGUAUCCGGUCGCUUGCUCUCAGAGCCGUCAUCUCCAAAGAUACCAGUACGUCGUUUCUCGCGGCCUUGGGAUGAGUGGUUCUGGAUCCACGCUCGCUCGCUCGUUUCUUCACCCCUGAGAGCUCCCAAGACACCGACUGUCGAGCUGGUGCCCGUCGAAGACUACCUCUUCCGGUAUGAUCGCGGUGCUUUCUGGAUGGGUAUGUACGCAUACUACCAUUUUUUUGUACCGUUCUGGUAUGUCUUUCGCGUACUGCUGGACUACUUCAUGCACACACGGAUCAUGUACCAUGCGCUGCACGCAUCAGGCUACACGGAUCGGUACGUCAUACAAGAUAUUGCAUUUCCAGCAGGGAAUGCAGAGGCGUUUGUAGAUUACGUCGACGAUAAGUUCGGCAUCUACCCGUUGUGGUUGUGCCCAUUGCGCAAAGAUGGCCGUGUUUCGAUGGGUCAUCCAAAGCAAUUCGAGGGGCACGUAGGCGGACAGAAGCAGAGCGGCCACGCGUACGAGAGCUUGUACAUCAAUGUCGGUGUCUGGGGUCCGUAUCCUUCGUUCGAGCUCGAGUAUGUCCGGGCAAAUCGUGAGCUUGAGAAGAAGACCGGCGACCUUGGCGGUCUGAAGUGGUUGUAUUCGAGGGUAUUCUACACGGAAGACGAGUGGUGGCAGCUGUACGAUAAAAAUAAGUACGACGAGCUGAGAAGGAAGUUUGGGGCGACUGGGCUACCAUCCAUCUGGGAGAAGGUCCGUGAUCGGGGCAAUAAGAAGGAAGAUUACGGGACGGAUGUAAAGGGCUUGUUGAAGAGGCUGAUUAGAAGCAGUGCUUUGCUGAGUGGAUUCUACGGAAUUUACAAGGCGGUGAGAGGUGGUGACUAUAUGCUAAAGAAGAAGAGUAGUUGA